CUGGCAGCACUAAUAUAUCUUGAACAGCUGAUAUAUAAAAGUUUAUUAACAAUUGUACAGAGAAUAUUUUCAUACUCUGUGCACCUCGUUUGACCUCGUUGGACAAAAAAUACUAUCAGUUAGCGCUUAAAGCAGCAAACAACUACAUUAUCAUUAAAUAUAUCAUCAGGAUGACAGAACAUGCUAGUAAUCCAUAUGAUAUGGAUAGCUCGGCAUUUGAUUCUGAAAAAUAUUUGGAAAAGUUAUUAAAGGAUUGUACUUUAAAGCAAAUCAUGGACACUGAAACUGCUGUCAUAAAGGACACUCAAACGCUACAUUCCGAUAUGCAGACACUCGUCUAUGAAAACUAUAAUAAAUUCAUAUCGGCAACAGAUACUAUACGAAAAAUGAAAAACGAUUUCAAGGAAAUGGAAUCAGAUAUGAAUUUGCUGCGCAAUAAAAUGAAUUCCAUAACAUCGUUUAGUGAACAAAUUACGGAUACAUUGCAGGGGACUCGUUCCCAACUGUGUCGUCUGGCUGAAAAACACUCGCUACUUAAACGUUUACAAUUUUUAUCCUCUUUGCCAGCGAAGUUGAAGGGUCUAAUAGAAGAACAGAAUUACACUCAAGCUGUGCAAGACUAUUUACAUGCACAAAUGGUGUUUGCUCAAUAUGGUCGACAACCCUCGUUCGAUGGUAUUCAGAGAGAUUGCGUAUCAAUAUUGCUCGACUUGAAAGGACGUUUAAGGAUUGAUUUUCAAAAGGCGAGUAAUUCAGCUCAAUCAUUAAGUGAAAUUGGAGAAUUAUUAUUGCAGUUAGAUGAAAAACCUACAGAUUUGGCUAAUGAAAUGCUAACUUGUGCUGCAAAACGUUUGCACGAACAAAUAGUACUACUACAGGAUCAAACUGAACGAGACAUGAUUGAAUUUGUUGAUAUGGGCAUAGAAGGAUUUCUCAAUGAUCUAACAUUAGUGGUUACUUCAUAUUUUGAUAUGUUUGUAACAAAAAGCUAUGAUAAAGAAAGCGAUGAUUUUCAAGAACAUUCCUUGCGCCAAUUAAACGUAUUUCUUAAUCAAAAUGUUGACAAAUACUUGACACUCGUUCAUGAUCGUGUUGAAUCAGACAUAGGCUUCGGCGAUACACAAAUAUUGCUUCGAGCCCUUGAUCGCCUCCAUCGUCGCCUUCUGGCUAUGCGCAAUAUUUGUCGUGGCUUGGAAAUACAACGUAACACAGUAGACAUUAUAAUCGCAGCUGCACAUCAACUUUGCGAAGCGCAUUCUAAAUCAUUAAAAGAUCACUUCUCCGAUAGCCUUAGCUCUGUACGUUUGGCACUAGUAUCUGCAAAAAGUGACAAUAAUACUGGCGCAAAUUUGAAUGAAUUAAUUACUAAUUUGUAUAUGUCUAUGGUGGAAAAGGUAAAAGGGGUACUACAGGAUUUAUUGGUAUUUCUGCAGACGGAUUGGUCAUUCAAUAUUAAGGCAGAUUACAAAGGAGGUCUAUGUGUUGAAGGUAUACGGGAGAGUUUAUUAAUUGGAUUCAUGCGUCAUAUUUCUAAAGUGAUGUGUUCCUUUGCUGAAAUCUCAAGUCCAAGUCCUCCAAAUCUUCUAUUGGUUCUAUCAAAAACAUGUCUUGAAAUGGAACAGAAUGGCGUGCAUAUUCUGAUCACUUUGGUUGACGACUUAUAUGAAAUUGAUUCAGAAAACAGUGCAGUAUUAACUCAUGAAACUGAAAUUUGUGCGGAAAUGCGCGAAACUGCGCAAACCCUACUAGAUGCAUAUGUUCGUUUACAGGGAACAAAUAUAUCACAGAUGAUGAGGAAGAGCGUAGAAACUCGUGAUUGGCUAAACUGUCUAGAACCUCGUUCAGUACGGGCUGUAAUGAAACGGGUUGUGGAGGAGCUGGGGUCAAUUGAAACUGUUGUGGCUAGUCUUUAUGAAGCUGGCGUUAGAACGACAGCAAGCAGUGAUUCUAGUCGUAAAACCCAUUUUAGCACAUUAACAACAACUAAGCAACAUUAUCGUUCUAAUUGGUCGAAUUAUACGCCAUCGCAAUUAGAAUCUAGUUAUGUCUCGAAUAUACAUCGAUUAUUUUCGGAACGCAUUGACAUAUUUACAAAUGUUGAUUUUUCAAAAGUAUCCAUUGUGACUGGUAUCAUUAAGAUUGGCUUAAAGACUCUUUUGGAAUGCGUACGUUUUCGCACAUUUAGUAAAUUUGGCUUGCAACAGGUACAAGUGGAUACUCAUUAUUUGCAAAUGAAUCUUUGGCGAUUCGUCGCUGAUGAGAAUCUCGUGAAUUUUCUGCUUGAUGAGAUACUAGGUUCCGCUGUACAUCGAUGUUUAGAGUCUAUACUUAUGGAACCGAAUGCGGUCGAAAUAAUAUGCGAGCGCGGUUAGUAUUAUCUAUUCACGUUUAUCGCAUUAUCGCAUCAAUUGCUGAAUAUCACUAACUAUUUUAAUUUCCGCCUAAUUAAUAUGCUAGCCUAAAUAUGGAUUUACUUAAAAUUGAAAAGAUUUGUAUAUUAUAUAAAAUAAAAACUUUAUUUCAAGUACGUUAUACUAAUUUAUUGUAAAAA